UGGGUGGUGGGGGCUCCUGAGUGCGUGUUUGUGUCACCAUGAGUCUUGUCUCGGGCUUCCCUCACCACCCGGUCAUGCACCAUCACGACAGCCAUCACUAUUCCUUGCAUGCUGCGACUGCUAGUCGAUGUCACGAGGACUCCGGAGCUCCUCCUUACUUCACGAGCUGGCUGAUAAGCCACGCGGAUAUGUCUCCCACUGAGUAUAGCCUUGCGCCCGGCUACAGUCCAGAGUACCAUGGCAAUAACAGCGGCGGGUCCACUGGCGGCCUUGACCCCCACCAUCAUCAUCACCACCACUAUGGGCCUGGCACUUUGGUUCCGGGGGCCGGAACCCUUUCAGUUAACGGAGCUACGGUCGGUAUGCACCUCCACCACCACACACAUCCUCGGACUGUGAAGCGGAGACCUACGGCCAACCGUAAAGAGAGGCGGCGGACCCAGAGCAUUAACUCGGCCUUUGCGGAGCUGAGAGAGUGUAUUCCCAACGUCCCGGCAGACACCAAGCUGUCCAAGAUUAAGACACUGCGGCUGGCUACCAGCUACAUCUCGUACCUGAUGGACAUCCUGGACAAGGACGGACAGCACGGAGACACACAGGCUUUCAAGGCCGAGCUGAAAAAGUCGGAGGUUAGGGAGGAGCGGAGGAAGAGAGAGGCGGUGGAGAUCCCAAAGACGACUUCAUCGUCAUCAUCACCAUCAUCAUCGUCCUCGUCGUUGUUCUCCUCAUCAGCGGGCGAUAAGAAGAGUAAAGGACGCACAGGGUGGCCUCAACAUGUCUGGGCUCUGGAACUCAAACAGUAGCACUCUUGUGUCCACCAUCUCUUCCCUCAAAGAGUGUGACAGCAUCGACCUGAUCUGUAAUGCAGCCAUUGUGGUCUCAGCCUCACACAGAGCCGCUGUACAAACUUGUAGCCUAAAGCUCCAUUUCCUUCAUAUCGAUGAGUCUCCGAAGAUCACUGGCUUGCUUAAAGGGUAGAGAUCACUCCCCUACUUUAAUUAGCAGAGACCUCAAGUUCAAAGUUAAAUGAAGGUUUAACUUUGAACCAUCAUUUCCUCGACAGAGAAAACUCCCAUGAAUCACACAUUCUUUGUUCUUUUUAUUUUAAUGAAGAUUUUAAGAGAAAACAGUAACACAAACGUAUAAUUUACAUCUACACUUGAUGUGAAAAAUGUCAACCACCACUUUCUAGUGAUUCAAUCUGUUUGAUGUCAGUGGAAGGAUAAUUGAAAAUACAAUAAAUGUCUGUGGGCUUGAGCUAAAGAGCAUAUGUGCAUUAGAGGCAGAUCAGUGGGGUUAAAUAACAUACUAACUAUUAAUAGUGUAUAUUUGACCUCAUAAAUCGAUAGUGUCUACUCUUACAAUCGUCGCGCCGCUGGCGCGUCUAACUUAACCAGUUUUGCGACAGAUAUUGUCGCUUUUAGCUUCUUUAAGACCUCAUUAAAUAAUUUACUAUUGUGUGCGGCAAAGAAUUUUCUUCUGAGGCAAAACAGAAUGCGCUGGGGAUAGGCCAAACAAUAUCUCUCUCUCUCUCUCUCUCUCUCUCUCUCUCUCUCUCUCUCUCUCUCUCUCUCUCUCUCUCUCUCUCUCUCUCUCUCUCUCGCCAAACAGCCGCACACACACACCGGGUGUUGACGCGCUCUUUGAUGUACUUGAUUAAAUAUAUUUGUAUGUGCAAUUGGACCGAUGGCCACACUAGCCUCUAAGUGACAGCGGACAUUUACUGUUCCUCUUAUUGUACCACAAGGUAGGCUUAUGUGAAAUUCUCCUUCUAUGUUUCCUCUAAUAACUUUGAAUUGUAAAUCUGGUGACGUCACAGUAAUGCAAAAGUGUCCAUGUUAUGCUGUGGAAAAUGUGGUAGGACUCUUAUAGUGUGGGAUGUAAACAGUGUCAUAAAUUGAAUAAACCACCACCUGCUUAUAGUAA